GACAACGUGUGCGUCACGUUGUUCAUCUCACGUGACACAUCGUGAUCAUCAUGGCGGCCACCUCUGUGUUCCAGAGAGUGAGAACGGGCUCGAAAAUCGGAGCGCAGUAUGAUCAGGAGGGCAAUCUCAUCAAGGUGGAGACACGUGAGGAUGAGGAGCAGAGUGUCAAGCUUGCUGAGAUUUUGGAGCUGUUGCUUGCUGCUGGUUAUUUCAGAGCACGCAUUAAAGGACUGUCACCCUUUGACAAGGUGGUUGGAGGAAUGACCUGGUGUAUAACUACAUGCAACUUUGACAUAGACGUUGAUCUGCUUUUCCAAGAAAAUUCCACUAUUGGUCAAAAAAUUGCUCUGACAGAGAAGAUUGUGUCAGUUCUGCCCAAAAUGAAAUGUCCACACCGAUUAGAGCCUCAUCAGAUCCAAGGGUUGGAUUUCAUCCACAUCUUCCCUGUUGUACAGUGGCUGGUGAAGAAGGCGAUUGAAACCCGGGAGGAGAUGGGAGAUUAUGUCAGAUCAUAUUCCAUCUCUCAGUUCCAGAAAACACAUGCAUUUCCUGAGGAUGAGGAGUUUGAACUAAGGAAGGAGAGAGCCAUCAGCACUGUAGUGAAUGUGUGUGAGGUUUAUGCUCCUCAGAGGCGUUACAAACGGCAGGUGGAUGCUGGGGAGCUGUUGGAUGAAGAGUCUCGGGUUCAUUCUACCUUGCUGGAGUUUGGCAGUCCAUGCCUUCUCAUAUCACAAUAUAUGCAGCGCUAUGGAUUCAGCAAACAGUCUAAAGCAGGCACGGCAGUGGAGCAGAAGCAGGUGUUGGCUCAGGGCGCGCAGGGUGUGCCUCCUGGAAUGGCCCAGGUGUCUGAAGAAGAGGACCUGCAAGCAGCAGAGGAGCUCAGAAUCAAGGCUCUGAUGACUGGAAUGGCUGCCAUGGCAUCAGAGGAGGGGAAGUUGUCAGCCAGCACGGUGGGCCAGAUUGUUGGGCUGCAGUCUGAGGAGAUCAAACAAAUUGCCACUGAAUAUGCUGAGAAGGCGGAGCGCUCUGUGGAGGAUCGGCCAGAGAGAUUCGGACCUGCGCAGCAACACCGACGUCAACUGACGUCCCUCAACAAACAAAUCACUCAAAAAACAAAAGAACUUGAAGAGCUGCAAUCCAAACAGCAGGAGGCCAGAGCGGCAUGUGAAGAUGCUAAAAUCAAACUAGCCGAGGCCACAGCACAGACUGAAACGUUGGAGAGGGAGUUGAGCUCACUGGAGGAUGUGGAGUCUCAGGCAGAUUCUGGGUUACUGGAGAAGCUUCGUGCAUUGGUGGCCAUGAAUGAAAACCUCAAACAUCAAGAGCAAACGUUCCGCUCACAUUGUCGCGAGGAAAUGACCCGUCUGCAGCAGAAUAUUGAAGAGUUAAAGCUGGAGUAUGGAGAAGAAGGAGAUGAAAAGAAGGAGAUGAAUAUGUUGAUUGAUCAACAGUACACUUCAGACCGAGAAAAGCUACAGAAGAUCCGUCUGCUCAUGGCUCGGAGGAACCGCGAGAUUGCCAUCUUGCAGAGAAAGAUUGACGAGGUUCCCAGCAGAGCCGAGCUUACCCAGUAUCAGAAACGCUUCAUUGAGCUGUACAGCCAAGUUUCAGCAACACACAAAGAGACAAAACAGUUCUUCACGCUCUACAACACCCUGGAUGACAAGAAGGUUUACCUUGAGAAAGAGGUCAAUCUGCUGAACUCCAUACAUGAUCAUUUCCAGCAGGCCAUGGCUUCAUCAGGAAGUAAAGAACAGUUUCUCAGACAAAUGGAGCAAAUUGUGGAAGGAAUCAAGCAGAGCCGUAUAAAGAUGGAAAAGAAAAGACAGGAGAAUAAGAUGCGCAGAGAUCAGCUGAAUGAUGAGUACUUGGAGCUGCUGGAUAAACAGAGACUCUACUUUAAAACUGUCAAAGACUUUAAAGAGGAGUGCCGCAAGAAUGAGAUGCUGCUAUCUAAACUGAGGGCAAAGGGAGCAUCGUAACAGCUGGAUUUUGCCCAUUUAAUACCCACAACUCCCAAGUAGCACUUCAAAACACAGUUGCAUUCCUUGAUGUUGGUAUUUCAUUGUACCGCAGCCUCCUGCUGAGAUCACAUCUGCUUUCAGACUGAAACAGUUUAUUUUAGCCUAAAUUUUUCUAGGUUCAGAGAUUGUGAAGCAUGUAACUAAUGUACUGUUAAAGUGGAGAUGUUUUGUGCCUUGAUACCACCUUAUUUAAACCCAUAAUGUAUAUAACACAAAUCCCCUUACUAAUCAUCUUUGUUUUUGUAUCAUGAUAAAAAUCUGCUGCCAGAAGAGCAAAAUGCAUUAAAGGAGAAAUGAAGUA